GUAGUUCCCUUGGAAUCCAUUUGGCGGCGCUGGGUGUCGUGCCGCCAUUACGCUUGUGGUGUGGUGUGUUCACCAUUAGAACCCUGCACCAUACACGCACUAUAUUUAUAUUUUUUAGAUAUUAAGGCAACAGUUCUUUAAGUAAAAGUUUAAAAAAAAACAACAAAACAAACUUGUUUAAGUAAAUCAACAAAUAAGAAAAUUACAAAAUAUUAAAAUUAAAAGAUAAAGAUUUAAAAAGAAGAAGAAGUAAGAAAGAAAAAAACAACAUAUUGUAAAAUUUACAUCGUAAAAAAAAAGAAAUAGUUUAUUCUCUCCUCCCUUUCUCCAUAAUAAAACAUUGUGAAAGAAGAAAAAGAGUUAUUUAAAAAAAAAAGAGAAGUUUUUUAUUAAAAAAAAAGUUUUUUCUUUUUCUGUGUUGCUUAAAAUAGAGAAAAGAAAAAUUUAUUAUUAUAAAUAAAAUAGAAGUGGGAAUAUAUGGAUUGUGUGAAAGAGUUUAAACUAAAAAAAUAUAUUCUUGUGACAGAAAAGUUUCUUUGAGUGAAAAAAAAAAUAAUAUAAAAUAGAGCUGUUUUUUCGGCUUUUUUUUUGGUUUCCGAGAGAGAGCGAGAGAGAGAGAAAUUUUUUUUAAAUAAGAGUGUAAUUAACAAUAAUAAGAGGAAAAAAAAGCAGCGUAAAAAUAUUACAAAAAUUUCUUCGGAAAAACGUGUCAAAGAGAUUUUUCUUCUUUCGGAGUUAUUUCCUCAAGAGAGCUUUUUCUCUUUGCUGUCUCAAUUUCUGCCACAAGAGGCGCUUUUUCCAAAAAGUUUUCUGUGCGUCAAAUAAAAGAACAAAAAUAUAUAUACAUAUAUAUUAAAGUCAACUUUGAAACUCGAAAGGGGAGACUUCUCCAGAAAGUAAGACAGAGACGGAGACAGAGAGAGAGAGAGAGUGAGAGCCCCCAAAGCAAUUUAGGAAAAAAAACCACUACAGCCCUCCGCAUCAUCCCUGAAAUUCAGGUAGAAUUGGAUAGAGUGUUGAGAGAUUGCGCGGGAUUGUAGGUGGUAAAUUUUGUAUGGUGUUUGUGCCACUUGUGACGGUGGCACUUUGUUCAAGUGAGAGGGAUAAAGAGCAGCAGGAACGACGUGGACGCCAGGGAGAUCGAGGGUCAGCGGCUGUGGUGACCCAGGAAGUAGGACAGCAAAGGACAGGAUCCAGUCGCAGGGCGCCACGUGGUCACCCGUAGGUGUAAAGGUACAGAGGCCACCGGGCGAACGGACGCCCCGAUUUGGCGGUCAGCAAAUCCUACCAGCAAGACGCCAUCGGGCUGACUUGGGAACUAUGCGGAUGACUCAAGAUAUGGACGACGACGAGAAAGGGAAACUCUUCGUGGGCGGAUUGUCGUGGGAGACAACCCAGGAGAAUCUUCAGAGGUACUUCACUCGCUACGGUGAUGUCAUUGAUUGUGUUGUUAUGAAAAACAAUGAAUCAGGACGAUCACGUGGCUUUGGCUUUGUCACCUUUGCCGAUCCCGCCAAUGUCACCCAUGUCCUUCAGAGUGGACCCCAUAAUCUCGACGGACGAACCAUCGAUCCCAAGCCCUGCAAUCCAAGGACUCUGCAGAAGCCCAAAAAGGGCGGUGGAUACCCAAAGGUAUUUCUGGGUGGUCUACCGUCAAAUGUGACAGAAACGGAUUUACGUGUCUUCUUUGGGCGAUACGGCAAGGUGAUGGAGGUGGUGAUAAUGUAUGAUCAGGAAAAGAAGAAAUCCCGUGGCUUUGGAUUUCUCUCCUUUGAGGAUGAGAGCAGUGUUGAACGUGUUACGAAUGAGCAUUACAUCAAUCUCAAUGGCAAACAGGUGGAAAUCAAAAAAGCUGAACCACGUGAUGGUAAUGCAAGUGGUAAGAUGAAUAGUGGAGCUGAGGCAAAUCAAUGGGGUCCACCUCAGGGUGCCCCAAUGGGUAUGCUACAGGGGCCAAAUGGACAACUAAAUGCACCACCAUUGAAUAUUGCCAUGGGUGCACCAAAUAUGAUGCAGGGCUAUCAGGGUUGGGGUACAUCGCCGCAACAGCAGAGUUUUGGCUAUGGUACCCCAAGUGCUCCGGGUUCGUAUCAGGGUUGGGGUGCACCACCUGGACCCCAGGGACCUCCGCCCCAUCAAUGGGGCAAUAAUUAUGCCACGCAGCAGACUCAAGGUUACGGAAGCUACGAUAUGUACAAUUCAACCACUGGACCAAGUGGAGCAUCAGGUGGUGGCAACUGGAAUGCCUGGAAUGUACCGCAAAAUAGUGCAGGAACUGGAGGAUCAGUUGCAGAUCGUUUUCUAGCUGGCGAUAUGUAUCAAAGAACACAAUCAGGACCCGGAGGACCAUCUGGUACUGGUCCAACGGCCGGUAUGCCACCCGGUGGACCGGCCAAUAGCGCCUCAAAACCAAGUUCAGAAUAUGGUGGCUAUGGUUCAGGUUAUGGGAACUACACCAAUGACCAUACAACAUCCUACGGAACCAGAACAACCUACGGCAAUGAAGCAACAUCGCAGCCACCAUAUGCCGUUCCCCAGCCCCAAGAUGAAUUUCUCAAGCAAUACUAAAGGAAAAGGAUUGUGGAAGCCAGAGUUCUUCUAAAAACACAAAAAGCAAAGCAAAAUAAUUCAAAAUAACCUAACAUCUGCUGCAGAUUCUCUAAGUAUAUUUUAUCCUUGUUUCUUUUCAAUUUUAAAUAAUUUUAUAUUUUAUCAUAUUUGAAUUCUUAGAAAUACUGUGAAGUUAAUUUUAAAAAUGAGUUAUAUAUAUAUAUUUUAAAUAUUAUGACACAGAAGAAACGUGUCAUAGCAAUUUGCAGCAGAUUUUGUGGAAGAACUCAUGGGCGGUUGUAGGUUUUAUUGAAUAAAGAAAGAGAGCGAGAGAGGUCAUUUGACAGGGAAGUUCUUGCUGCAUAUUGACAUUUGUCUAUCCAUCGAGAAAUACAGGAGUUAUGAUUUUUUUUUCUAAAUCCAGGAAAUAUUCGGUCAAAUUGAAAAAUUAGAUUGUAGGAAGCUAUUUAGGACUUUGCAAUGUUUUAGACAUUUGUAGAGUUUUUCAAGACCUUUCCAACGGAUAUUUAUGUCCGUCAAUCCAUCAAGAAAAACAGGAGAUAUGAUUUUUUAAAUCCAGGAAAUAUAUAUUCGGUCAAAUUGAAAAAAUAGAUUGAAGGAAGCUUUUUAGGACUUUGCAAUGUUCUAGACAUUUGUAGAGUUUUUCAAGACCUUUCCAACGGAUAUUUAUGUCCGUCAAUCCAUCAAGAAAUACAGGAGAUAUGAUUUUUUAAAUCCAGGAAAUAUAUAUUUGGUCAAAUUGAAAAAUUAGAUUGAAGGAAGCUUUUUAGGACUUUGCAAUGUUCUAGACAUUUGUAGAGUUUUUCAAGACCUUUCCAACGGAUAUUUAUGUCCGUCAAUCCAUCAAGAAAAACAGGAGAUAUGAUUUUUUAAAUCCAGGAAAUAUAUAUUUGGUCAAAUUGAAAAAUUAGAUUGAAGGAAGCCAUUUAGGACUUUGCAAUGUUCUAGACAUUUGAAGGGUUUCCCAAGACCUUUCUAAUGGAUAUUUAUGUCCGUCAAUCCAUCAAGAAAUACAGGAGUUAUGAUUUUUUAAAUCCAGGAAAUAUAUAUUUGGUCAAAUUGAAAAAUUAGAUUGAAGGAAGCCAUUUAGGACUUUGCAAUGUUCUAGACAUUUGAAGGUUGGUAAAUGGUGAAUAAAUUCAAAAUGGUGGAAUUUCAAUAGAGUAAUUCAGGAUGUGACAAAAAUUAAUUGCAGCAGAUCUUACUCUAAUUUAUUGAAUAUUGAUGCGUGAUACAAGAUAUUGAGCAAAGAAGCCUUAUUAAUUUCCGAAGAAUACACUUUAAAUGUCUUUUUUUUUUAAAUUUCAUUUUGUCUUUUUAAUUUUUUUUUAAAUUUUAGAAGAAAAAUACAUACAAUAGGGCAUAAGGAACAAGGCUUAAGAGUUUGGAAAAAAUUUCUUAUUUUAUUUCUUUUAAAGAAAUAAUUAAGAAAGGCAAGUGUUCUUCGUUUUUUUCUUGUCCAAAGUAUCUAGGCGGUUUUUUUUUAAAUAAGUUUCUCUAAAGGUACAAUUUGAGAUUUAGAAAAAAAGAGAAAAAUAUUUUUUAAAUAAUAAAAUUAAAUAAAAUACAUUAAAAAAUGGAAUGAUAGUACUCUAUAGGUGUCCUGUUUUAUUUUUCUUUUUUUUGAUAAUUUUUUUUUUUAACAAAUAAGAUAAAAGUAAUUUUGCCUUUUUGCUGUAUAUAGAACACCUUUUUUUUAAAUAGUUUGUUCAAGUGAAUUGUUAAGAGGAAUUUUAAAAAAUAAAAAAUAAACUACAGAAACGGUUGAGAUUCGAAUUAUUAGGAGAUAUUUUUAGUAAGACUUAAGGAAAUGAGAUAAAAGAGUUUUUCUAAAUAAAAAAAACAGAGUAUAAGGUUUUAAAUAAAAAGAAAGUAUUUAAAUUUAAAAAGAGAAAACAAAGCUAGAACGAUAAAAAGAAACCAGAAUAUUUAAUUAAAUUUAAGGAAGUAAAUAGUUUAAAAAAAAGUGAACAAAGCAUGAUCAUAGGAAGACAAAUAAAAUACAAAAAAAAUUUUUUAAGAGAAAAUUUAAAACAAGACAUAAUUCGUUUUAAAGAAAAUUAGAUAAACAAAAGAGAUCUUUUUAAAAUAAAAUAAAAUAUAUAUUUAAAAUACCAAUAGUAGUGAAAGGAAAAACAAAUUAAAAGAAAAGAAAGAUAAUUAUUAAUUAAUAAAAGAGAAAUUUUAUUUCUCUUUUUUGUUUUUUGUUUUUUAAUUUUUAAAAAUAUAUUUUUUAGCAGAUAAAAAAGGAAAACAAAAAUUCCUCUAAACAUUAUUCCUUUAUUUGCUUUAUUUUUAUUUUAAAAUAAAAUUUUAUUUUCUUAGAAUUAAAAGGUAAAGUAAACAAAAAACAAAAAGUAAAGUAAAUAAAUUUAAAAGCUCUUAUUAUUAAAAUAAAUUUAAUGAAUUUCCUACAAAAUGAAAUUAAAUAAGAAAAUUUGUUAGAGAGAAAAACAAGAAAACGAAUGAGAAAAGGCGAAAGAAAACGAACAAGUAAUUAAAAAAUAAAUAAAACAAAUUCUAGCUAAAUGUAAAUAACUUAAGGAGGAACACAAACAACAAAAAUAGCUUAAAAAAGAAAUCUUUUAGAAAGAUUUUUCUUUUAAAAAUAUGAAGAAUAAGACUUUAAAAAAAAUGAACUAUUCAUUUUUAAUUUCUUCAAAAUAGAAAAAACAUAAAUAUUAAAAACAAAUUCUCUCUCGUUUUUUCUUUCUUAUUUUAAUUUUGUUUUCUUUUUUUUUUAAAUAAUAAUUACGAAGUAAAAACAAAACAUUUAAAGCCUAGAAUUUAGCUUUCACUUAAGCAUAUCGACAAAUUUUGUUUUAAUUUGUUUUUUUUUGUAAUAUUGUCUUUUUUUUCUCUCUGAAAAAAAAAGAACACAAAACUCUGCAUUUAGUCCCGAGAAACUAUGAUAUAAAUAUUUAAAUAUUUUAUUUUUAAAUUUAUUUUAUCUGAUUGUUUUUGUUGUUGUAACUAGCACUUUGGAUACUUUGGAUAUUGCAAAAGCACUUGCCUAAAUAAAUAAAUCUGUUUAGAGGAAGUGAAAACAGUAACAAAAUUAAAAAAACCUCUUAAAUUUAAGAGAGUUUCAAAGAGCAACUUAUGAGCUUAAUGUCAUUUAAGAGAGCUUUCAAAGACCUUUCCAAUGAAUAUUUGCAUUUGAAAAUCCAUCAAGAAAUACAGGAGUUAUGAUUUAUUUAAAUCCAGGAAUUAGAUCUUCGGUCAAAUUCAAAAACAAGAUUGUAGGAAGCUUUUUAGGACUUUGCAAUGUUCUAGACAUUUGUAGAGUUUUUCAAGACCUUUCCAACGGAUAUUUAUGUCCGUCAAUAAAUUAAUAAAUACAGGAGUUAUGAUUUUUUUAAAUCCAGGAAAUAUAUAUCCGGUCAAAUUGAAAAAUUAGAUUGAAGGAAGCUUUUUAGGACUUUACAAUGUUCUAGACAUUUGUAGAGUUUCUCAAGACCUUUCCAACGGAUAUUUAUGUCCGUCAAUCCAUCAAGAAAUACAGGAGAUAUGAUUUUUUUAAAUCCAGGAAAUAUAUAUCCGGUCAAAUUGAAAAAUUAGAUUGAAGGAAGCUUUUUUGGACUUUGCAAUGUUCUAGACAUUUGUAGAGUUUUUCAAGAUCUUUCCAAUGGAAAAUGCUUUUUGUGAAUCUAUCAACUUAUACAGAAGGUAAGAAAGCUUUCCACCUUGAACAAGCCUAAUUUAGAGCUCUUUUAGUCAUCCUCUAAUAGGAUUUAAAAAAGAAAAUAAACUCUAAAGCCUUGAUCAGUGUUUUUACGAAUUAAUAUUUAGAAGAAAACCUAAAGAAUCUGAGCGAGAAAUAAUGGGAUCCGUUCAGUAAGAACCUUUCGAAGAGACAGUCAAUCCAAAGCCAAGCUUCGAACCUAUUUGAAAAUCUACCGAAAGCCUAAAGGGAAGUCUACGUAGUAAGGAUCUGGGCAUUGAGUAAUCUUGCGCGCUGCGCGCAAAAGCGCGUAAAUUUUUUUUCGACUUUUGCGCGCAAGAUUCUUUGCGAGCAGAAAUAAAUGGACUUUCUUGGAAGAGGGGAAUGUUGAAUGUGUAAUUUUGUCCCUAACAUCCUCGAUCUUGGGCACAGAAGGACAAGAAUAAGGAUAUUCGGGGUGCGGUUUUUUUUCUGGCAUAAAAUUUGAAAUUUCUUGGAAAAGGAAAUUUUGCGUUGUCGCUCUUACUUUGACAGUCAAACGAUCUACGCUUCACCCUUGGCUCCACCUAAGAUUUCACAGAAAAUGAAGUGACCAAACAUCUCCACGUGUAUUUUUGUUAUUUAAAAUGUUAAAAAAAAGAAAUAGAGCACAAUCUUUGUAACUUUUUUUAUAAAUUAGUAUAAAACACAAAGAGGAAAACUUCAACAUCAGAAACCUACUAUUUUGAUCCAUUUUUAAUGAAUUGUUUAUAGAAUCGAAGCAAUAAAACUAAGGAUAUCCAUUAUUCUUAUCAAGAUAGAUCUAGGGUAGAGUCAAUACUUUUUCGCCAGUAAGCCCUUUUUCGCCACCUAAAUUAAAAUCACAUUUUAAGAGAAUAAUUGAGUUUAUGGAACUACGAAAUGAGUGUUAUUUCGUGACCUCUAGCCAAAUGAAUCAGAAAACCAUAUCAGAUGCUGUCAAACCUUAAGGUGGCGAAAAGUACUUACUCUACCCUGAAUGUUGCCCACGAUUGCGUAGUGCUUUAGUUCCAUUUAUUUUAAGAAUUAAAGAAAAAUCGACCGUGUCUUAAAUUACUUUGUUCCUAAGAUCUCUGAUCUCCCAUAUUUAUUUGUAAAAACUGUCGCCAUAAAUUGUUAUCUUCAGUUUUUUUCUAAAAUCAAAUCCAGUUUUCUAAAAUUAAUGAACUUUUCUUCUAAAUUCAAUUCUAUUUAUCGUAGAUAAAUAUUGAGUUUCAGUGGCAGGAUUUUUUUUUUUAAAAUAAGUGAAAUAUAUGAUGAAUAUCUUCUCGCGAACUUUUAAAUCUCUGUAAAGUUGACAAAUUGGAAAGUUUUUCGAGACUUCCUCUAAGCCACUGAUAUGCGCAAGUAAAAAAAAAUAACACUAUGAUAGGAAUAAUCUAUAAUCAAUGCAAAUAUGAGAAAUAGAAAUUUAAUUUGCAUAAUUUUUUUUUAAUUCAUCUCAAACUGAAAAAGAGUAAUAGAUAAAAGCUGCGUAAAUGAAAAUUUUUGCUGCUGCGCGCAUAAAAUAUUCUUUGCGCGCUGCGGCGUAAAAAUCAGCUUGCGCGAAGCGCGCAUAAAUGCGCGCGCUCCGUGCGCAGAUCCUUACCACGUAUGCGCAAGUCAUAAAAAAAAACAUAAUGAUAGGAACAUUCUAUAAUCAAUGCAAAUAUGAGAAAUAGAAAUUUAAUUUGCAUAAUUUUUUUAAAUUAUGCAAAUUUGCGCGCUGCGGCGUAAAAAUUAGCUUGCGCGAAGCGCGUACUCAGUGCGCAGAUCCUUACCACGUGGUUCGAAUUUCGAAUUUCGGUAUUAUUGAUAACUUCAACUGUCAACAAUGUCAAGAAGAAUGUUUAAAGGAUUUUCCGGAUGGCAGAACGUUUGAAAUUUCGUUGUACCAGAUUUUUGGGUAAGUUCUCACUUGAUAUACCUUCGAGUCGGUACGGAAAAAAAAAACCUGAACCGGGUCAGAGACUUCUCAAAAUCAAAAAGGUUAUUACUGAACGAGAGAAUUAAAAAAAAAAUAGACGUCAAAAGAAAUAUAUUGACAAUAGUAUUUUCAGGAGAGAGCCUGGUAGUUUAGAAUGAGAAAAACUUGCGUCUAACCUCUAAAAACAAAGAAAAAAGUGGCGCCAAAACUUUGAAAAAGUUUUUUUUGGUUUUAUUUGAAGAAAAGAAUAUUAAAAAUGGGAAGAUAUAUCGCAGGAAUAUUUGAAAACAAAUAAAAAGGUAAAUAAAAUUAAGAAAUAGAAAAAACAAAUAAUAAAUCCGGAUAAAUUUGAGGUUUUUCUUACAAUUAAGUUUUGUUUAUAAUUUUUGGUUGGGUUUUAAAGGGAGAUUUAAAAAAAAAACUAAGUAAAAACACGUAAAAUAGAAGGUUUAAUUAGCAAAAAGGAAGAUUUUAUAUUUGAAAUAUUAAAAAAAAAACAAAGAAUAGAGAAGAAAAUUUAAAAAAUAAAAUUUAAAAUAAAAAAACACCGACUACUGAUGUAGAGUGAGAUAGGAAUACCAAUUAAGACCUUAACUGAGAGACGAAAAAGAUUUAAAUAGAAGUUUAAGAAGAAAACUAUUAAAGAUAGAUUUUUUUUUGGGGGGAGGAUAUUAAGAAAAAAACAAGAAAAGAAAAAAACAAAAAUUAAAAAUGGUGAAUACAGUAAAAAAAAAUAUUAUCAGCAAGUAAAAAAAACAAAGGAAAUAAGAAAAAAAAACAAUCAAAAUAGAAGGAGUAAAUAGAAAGAAAAAUAAUUGCAAAUAAUAUGAUUAAUUAAUUAAAUAAAGAAAAAAAAAGAAAAGAAAGAAAAACAAACAAUUGUGUAACACUUAACGUAAAAAAAAACUAAUUACAUGUAAUAAAAAUGAGUUUGAAACAAAAAGAUUUAAAAUAAUUUAAAAAAAAAACAUAUUUUGAGAUGAAAAACAUAAGAGGAGAGUUAAAAAAUUAAAAAAAUAAAUAUAAAAACUAUUUUUUUUGUUUUUCUUUCAAGAAAACAAAAGAAAAAACAAAAAAAAAAACCGCCAAUUGGAAAGAAAAAAAAAAAACAAGAAAAUUAAAACAAAACGAACUCAUGGCACCAUACUGUAAUUUUUUUUUUCUCUAAAACAAAACUUUCUAAUUUACAAUUUUAUUUCCAAAAAGAAAAAAAAAAACAAACAAAAAAAAAAUUAAAUAAAUAAAAAAAUAAACCCUAAUGUUUAAGUUUCCAUUACUAUUAUUAUUUUUUUUUUAAUUACUUAUUACAAUAUUUCGUAUAAAUAAUAAUAAUAAAAAAUAUCAUAAUUGAUUUUAUUAUUUUUUUUUUAAUCAAUUUUUCAAUACGUCAUUAUUAUUAUUAUUAUUAUUUCAAAUACAUAAUUUAUUUUGUAUCAAAUUAUCUUCUUAAAAAUAUUGGUGGGAUUUAUUUUGCAUUAAUUAAUUAAAUUAACAACAACAGCUACAAUUAAAAUAAAAGCAAGAGGGAAAGAAAGAAAUUAUGAAUAUAUCUCUUUUUCUUCACUUUAAAUUAUUAUUUUUUGUUCUUUUAUUUUUAUUUUUUUUGUUGUUUUGAAAUUGAAAUGAUACAAAAGCCUUUCGGAGCCUUUUCAAAAUCACAAUAUUUUUUUUUAAAUUAAUAGCUCCGGCACAUCCAGGGGGGUGACAUUAGCUCUGAAAAAUGCGACCAGUUUUAGUGUAAAUUUUUUCCUGUUUUCGUACACAUUUCACGAGAUAUCUUCAAAACUACGUAGGUUGGCAAUUUGGGGUUUUCGGUUGCGUUUUCGUUAUUAAAUUGGCUUUUAUUUUGUAUUAGUAGUUUUUACUAAUUCAUUCUACAAUGACAGAAAACAGCUAAUGAACUUAAAAGUUUUUUCGGCGCGCUAGAAACAUAUGGGAAACAUAGGAAAUGUCAUGCCCCUGGGCACAUCUUUUGGAUCAGGAAAAUUUCAUGAAGUCGAAAUUCGAAAGCCUUGAAUUUGCAAUGAUAUUUAAGAGAAGAAGAAGAGUGCGAGAGAAUGAGAUAGAUAUAUACAAAACAUUUGAGAAAGAAAUAGAUCCAAAAUUCGACUUCAUUUUAUUUUGAAAUUAAUAUAAAUAAAUUAAUAAUAAUUUAUCGAAAAAUGAGAAAUAAAUUUAAGUUUGAUUUCAGUAGGUCCACUCAGUCAAAAUUGCUUUGGAUCCUAUUUUAGAUUUGUCUCAAAAAUCCCCUUAAUGGCUUCGGCACACCUUUUAGAUCAGGAAAAUUUCAUGAAGUCGAAAUUCGAAUCCCUCUCUUUCUCAUGUGUUUUGCAUAUGACUGUCUCAUUCUUUCGCAUACCAAAUUCGAUUGAGCUAAAUUGAAUUUGGAGUGAUGUUUAAAAGAAGAAGAAGAGUGCGAGAGAAUAAGAUAGACAUAUGCAAAGCAUGUGAGAAAAAAAAGAAUUCGAAUUUCGAUUUCAUAAAAUUUUCCUGAUCUAAAAGGUGUGCCAGAGGCAUAAAAAUCAAAUUUAAAAUUGUCUUGAAGAUCGUCUUAAAUCUAAUUUAGAUUUCGCUUCAAAAUCUUCAAUUUUAGCUGAGAUUCUUUACAAUCUCAGAUUUUGUGAGCUCUCACGAAUAUCAUAUACGCCAAAAAUCGAUUUUCGUGGACGUCUGUCCGUCCGUUGUAUAACCACUUCUGGAGAGAGAACGGAAAGAGAUAUCGACAAGCGGUUUUCGGCAAAGGUUAAAUGUCGAUGGGCGGCUAGAAGUAGGUGAUGUCAGAUCCACCACCCAAAUUUUGUUUUCUCAAUAACUCAGCCCCUAUGGGAUCGAUCGACCUCAAAUUCUAGUAUGUUAUAGUUGGGCCCAAGACCUUUCGAUCGAUACCAAACUUAACCCAUUCCGACCCCUGUGACCCGAGCUAGAGGGGAUCAAAAAUUCAAUUUUUGAAUGGUCAUAUGGUAAAUUUGGUGAUAUUUGGACUUUUAAAGAAAGUAUUCAUCAAAUUUAACCGUUUUCGGAGUGAAAUUCCCAUGGAAUCAAGCAAAAAAGUGGUUUUUAGUGUCAGGAAAAUAUGUCUUAGAAAAGUUCCAGAAAAGUCGUAUUAAAAACGUUUUAUUCCUUAUAAAAACGGUUUAGUCAAGUAGAUUAGAGUUCCCUUUAAACAAUGAUGUGCAACUUUUAGUGUCCGGUGCAAAAUUUACGGUAAAAAUGGGGUUUUCAAUGAUGGCGUGAAUCGUGUGCGAAGAUGGAAACUUGAUUGAACUUUCGCACAAAUCUAAGGAUUUCCUGGGAUUAUCUGAAAUGGUUUUGUGAACCCUAAAAGUAAGAGAUUUUUUUGGUAUAGUUGGAGAAUCAAUACGGUUUGCAUGGUAGUCAGAAAAAAUCACUAAACUUGAACAUCAUUUUUUUGUGCGAAAGUUCAAAGCCUCCCCCUAGAUGACAUAUUUUCAUAGGAAAUUUAUUGCUGUACAACUUUUAAUAGAGUUCACUCUAUCUGAAGGAGAAAAGUGAUUUUAAAGUUGUUUUCAACCAUUCUGAAAAGGCGAAAAUGGCGAAUUGGGCGAGAUUUGACGAAAUCUACCAAAGAGUUGUCGAGUAAAUGUCACUAAAGUGUUUUUUGUGUUCUUUUUCAAAUAAAUAUCUUUAGAUUCAGCCUUUUUUUUGUAUAUCAAGUUAAUAGAAAAAAACGUUCUACACGUUUUCUCGUUCCGGAUGGAUUCAUUCAAGGAUUGCAAUUUCAAAAGUGCAAAAUAGCAAAUUUAUUUAGACAUUGGCGAUAAGAUUUUUUUAUAUUGUUUUUGUACUGGACGUCCUCUCUUCCUUGGUUUUUCUUCUGCAGAUUCCCUUUUUUAUUUUUUUUGGCACUUUCCUGAUGAGCGGAUAUUCCUGAUACUACCACUGAAUUUGAACUGACCGAAUUUUGUAUUUUUGUCAGUUUCCUGUUGAGCUGUAAAUUGUGACAUCACCUCCGGAUUUGGGUUUUCCUCUUCCUCAGUCAGACCAGUAGAUUCCAGCCAUUUUCUUUUCAUUCUAACUGUGUUAUCAAACUUUCACAUUAAAAUUUUAAUAUAAUUCACAUUAAUUGUCGCUGAUGAGAGUCCAAAUGUGUAAUUUGUCUGUUUGAAUCAUUUUAUAUUCAAAAUUUGAUGUAUUUGUUGAUAAAAAGGUAGACUUGGCCCGCAAAAUUUGAUAUAAAUUGAUUUAUUAAUGCGAAAAAUUAAUGUGAUUUUCUCAUUAAUUUUUUAAUGUGAAAAAUAUUUAUGCUUUAGGUAAAUUUAAACUUAUUUUUCCACGCCAAGUCCACUUUAUCGAUAAAUAGAAGAGACACAAAUAACAUAUUUUGACGGUCAUAAGCGACAAUUAAUGUGAAUCACAUUAAAAUUUUAAUGUGCAAGUGUGAUAACGCCGUUAGAACUAUCAACACAAAAUUUCCGAUACUACACGAUUUUUAAUAAGAACAGGUCUGCAUAAGAGACUUUCCAAGGCAAAUCAAAAUUGAGACUAGUGACACAGCCUUUUAGAUCAGGAAAAAUUCAUUAAAUCAAAAUUCACCCUUCAGCGUUAACCCUUUAAGGACGAUUGGUACACCGGUGUCCCAUAAAGAAAAUAAUUUUUUACUUUAUGUCUGUACAUAAUUGUAAAGGUAGAAGGUUGAAGGAAUCUAGAAUAUGUUUUGCAAGUCUCUAGCUAUUUGAUAUGUUGUAAAUAUUUAGGCUAAAAAAUGGCGAAUUUUUAAAUUCUCAAAUUCACAAUUGAUUUUAUUUAUUUUUUAUACUUACAAUUUUUUUAAGCAAAACCCUUUUGGCAAUAAAAACUACAAUACUUAUACGUAAUAUUUUUCAUUAAAGCGAAAAAUAUUAUUAAUGGAUAUUGUCAGAAAAAAUUCCUUAAAUUUUUGGGCUAUUUUUGUCCCUAUCGUCCAUAUAAGCACAAAAUACACCGAAUCAGACUCUGUUGGACUUUCCAAGGUUAGACUUUUGACUUAUCAUUGAUUAUGUUUGUCACUUUAUUUCUUAUUGUUGAUUUUCAGUCCGUAAAAAGUGUCUCGUCGUUAAAGGGUUAAGGGAAUGCCCAGGGAAACCAUCUGUCAAACAAACGUGUUAAAUGCCAUUUAUUUAGAUAGUGUAACUAUCGAAGAGAGGAAAUUAAAAAUAAAAAUUUAAAUAAUUAAGAGAGAAUGAGGAAAAUAUUAUCAAAAUCGAAAAUCGAAGAAAAAAAUGGGGAGUGCAUAAUGGGCCCAAAUAAGUGGCCUGGGUGCAGCGGUUCCGCAAGGAAUAUAACCGACCCAUAGACAAAUCUUAAUCUUAAAGGGUUAAAGGCUGUGAAUUUUGAUUUCAUAAAAUUUUCCUCAUCUAAAAGGCUGUGCCACAAAUUUCAAUUUAGAUUUGCCUCGGAAAGUCUCUUAUGUAUAUCAAAAUUGAAACUGAUGAUUUUGAAGUGAAAUCCAAAUUAGAUUUGAGACGAUCUUCAAGACAAUUUUGUGGCACUGGCACACCUUUUCAAUUGAGUGAAUUUCAAUCGAAAUACUAACCUUUUACUCUUUCAAACUGAAAUCAGAUGUAGGAUGUCCCUUUCUGUCAAAUGCUAAUUGAAAUUGAAAUUUCAAAUUCAAUUUUAAUUUACCUGAAAGAGACAAACAUAUCUUAUUUCUGUUUGAAAGAGUAAGAGGUUAAAAUUUCAAUCGAUUGAAUUUAACUCAAUUGAAAAGGUGUGCUUUUAAAGUCUUUGCAUUAUAUCUAUCUCAGUCUUUUGCACUUCAAAUUCGACUGAGCUAUUUUUAGAAGGAUAAUUAUGCGAAUUUCGACUUAAUGAAAUUUUAAUCUGAUGGCCCUGGGACACUUUUUAAAUUGAGUGAAAUUCAAUCGAUUGACAUUUUGCCUCUUACUCUUUCAAACUGAAAUUAGAUGUAGCUGUCCCUUUUCUGUCAAAUAAAAAUUGGAAUCGAAAUUGAAAUUCAAAUUUUCGUUUUGACAGAAAGAGAUUGAAUUUCACUCAAUUGAAAAGGUGUGCCAGCGCCAUUAAAUUUGAUUUUUAAAGGGAUUUUUGGAGACAAAUCUAAAUAUUCAAAGCUUUUAAAAUCUUCAGUCUUUUGCACUUCAAAUUCGACUGAGCUAUUUUUAGAAGGAUAAUUAUGCGAAUUUCGACUUAAUGAAAUUUUCCUGAUCCUAAAAAACUGCCGGAACCCUUUGUAUUUUUAACCUGAUGGCGCUGGGACAUAUUUUCAAACUGAAAUUAGAUGUAGCUGUCCCUUUUCUGUCAAAUAAAAAUUGAAAUUGAAAUUGAAAUUCAAAUUUUCGUUCUGACAGAAAGAGAUUGAAUUUCACUCAAUUGAAAAAGGUGUGCCAGCGCCAUAAGAAUUCUUUUUCCAUCCAAUUUAGAUUUAACUUGAAUUUAGUUUUUUUUUCCCAAUAUGACAAAAGUAAUUAAUCUAAAUUUAGAAGCUACGCCAAAUUAGACUUAGAAAUCUCGAUUGUCAGUAAAUCUAUUUCUCUUUUAUCUUUCUUUUUAAAUUGUUCUAUUUUAUCUGUGUUUUUUUUUUUAAUGCAAGAGGCUCUGAGGGCAAAAUAAAUUUGCACGUAAAAAUUGAAUUUAGGUUUGAAGGUCUUUGAAGGUCAGUAGUUUUUUUUCAAUAACAUUUUGUUCUUUAGUAAAAAUUUCAAUUUUUUUUCUGGUUUACUCUUCGAUAAACAAUAAUAAUUUUUCUAGUUUUUUUUUAAUUUGUUUUUUUUUUUAUUCUUUAAAUUUAGAUUUCAACUUUAUUAUUAUUAUUUUAUUGCUAUUAUUGAGAAAUAGAACCCAAAAUGUCCCAAUCUAUAUCCCCUUGAAUGAUGAAGAGAAACUUUUUAAAAAUGUAAGGAUAAAAGUUUUUAAAUUUUAUAAUUGUUUCAAUGAGAUAGGAUUGUGGAAAAAAAAUGAAAGAAUUAAAGAAAGUAAAAAUCUAAUAAAUAAAUAAAUUAAAUGAGAAGAAAAAAACACAAUUAGUUAAAGAAUGAAGGACCUGUUAUUCACUAUUAAAAAUGAGUAUGGUAAGAAGCUUUUAUAUCAAAAGAAAAAAAGAAAAUUAAAAAUAAAAAUGUAAUUUUAAAGUAAAGUAAAAAAGAAAAAUGAAGAAAAAUAGAAGAGAAUAGUGAAGAACAUUAUUAAUUAAAAGUAAAAUAAAAGAGAAAGAAAGGAAAAUAGAAAGAAUGAAGGUAAACCAAGUAAAAAAAAAGUGUUUAAAAACAAACUUUUUGUCUUAUUUUUUCAGAAUAAAUUUAAAAAAAAAAAAACAAGUAAAUUUAAAACAUAACAAC